CGACCAUGUGACGUGUGGCGUCAUGAAUGAAGUCACGUCCAAGGCGGAAGUAAAUGCUAACUGAGCAGUCGCCCAACCAUUCUAAUCGAUACCGACUCGUUGCCAGCGUCUGAAGAGGAACUGACAUAUCUCCAUCAUGCUUGGUGGAGGGUUUAAAUCCGAGAGACUUCGUGUCAAUCUCAGGCUGGUCAUAAACCGCCUCAAACUUCUUGAGAAGAAAAAAACUGAAUUAGCCCAGAAGGCUCGCAAGGAAAUCGCAGACUACUUGUCGGCAGGCAAAGAUGAGCGUGCGAGAAUCAGAGUGGAGCACAUCAUCAGGGAGGAUUAUUUAGUGGAGGCCAUGGAGAUCCUGGAGUUAUACUGUGAUUUGCUGCUCACCCGUUUUGGCUUAAUACAGUCCAUGAAAGAACUGGACCCUGGCCUACAAGAAGCAGUGUCCACACUCAUCUGGGCUGCUCCUCGACUGCAAUCAGAAGUGGCAGAACUGAAGAUUGUUUCAGAUCAGCUGUGUGCCAAAUACAGCAAAGAGUAUGGAAAGCUGUGCAGGACAAACCAGAUUGGAACAGUUAAUGACAGGCUUAUGCACAAACUGAGUGUGGAGGCCCCUCCCAAGAUUUUGGUGGAGCGUUACCUCAUUGAGAUCGCCAAAAACUACAACGUUCCCUAUGAACCUGAUGCCAUGGUUCGGCCAGAGGUGUGUCCGGGUGAAGAGGCCGAUCUGAUUGAUGUGGACAGCGACUUCAAGAAGCCAGGAGGUGGCGGAGGCGGUGGAGGAGGGUUUACUGCUCCCGCUGUUGGCAUGCCUAUGCCCAUGCCCAUGCCCAUGCCAAUGCCCAUGCCUGCAGCUUUCAACUACCCAACACCCAAAGGAGCUGAGCCCUUUAAUGGUCCUGUUGGCACCUAUGAUGGCUUUAGCAACUUCCAGCCUCCAGUGAGAGGAGGGCAGCCCCCACAACUGCCCAGCUGCCCACCCACCUAUGAAUCUAUCGAUGAGUUGUCUGUCAAACCCUCUAAUCCUUCCCAGGUCGUCCCAGGCCCAGCCCCGUCUUCUCAGAUCUACGACAACUCUACCCUUCCCGAACUUCCAUCUGUUCCCGACACACUCCCAGCCUCCUCCUUCGGCGCGAACGCCAACACAUCAGACGACAUUGACUUUGACGACCUGUCACGACGCUUUGAAGAACUCAAGAAGAAGACCUAAUUACAGAGAGCGCAUCUGGGAGUCAAAACAUCUGUCUCAGCUGCCACACAAGAGUAAUUCAAUGUACCCUGUCCAUAUUCACAUAUUCACAGGUCUUCUGGUGGAGGUGUAAUAUAAUAUUUGUUAAUUAACACGAUGAAGGAUCGGAUGCUGUAUAGACACUUGUUUAUGGCUGUGGCAGAAAUUUAUACGCUCAUUUUAGACUUUUCCAUAACAUGUGGACUGUUGACAAAUCGCCUACCCUUUUAACAAGCACUUUGCUUAGAGGGCCUUGCUGACAGCUAAAACUAGUUAAUCAUCUGUAGUGUAAUCUCUGCGCUUUGUAUGACCACCGGAGAAAUCUAUUGAGUAUUUAUAUUAUAGAUUAGAUUAUAAUUCUGUCAUGUUCAAAAAGUUUUUCCCCAGCAGCAAAUCAGAAAACUGUACGACGCCUCUAGGAAAAAGCAGGUAGAACCUGUUGCCAUUAUUUACACCCAGAGUUGUGCAAUGCACUCUUCAAUGACUAUGAACCUGCAAACAAUUGUAUGAUGUCAUAGGUUGUUAGUGGAUCACAAUGUUUAUACAAAGUGACUCAGCUUUUUGUCAUUGACAGAAUUAGACCGGAUGCUCUGGUGUUCUCAAAUGAGCACCAAAGGUUGCUUGUUUCUGGUGGCCUGAGAGAUUCCUUUAUUUCAGCCUCACAUGUAUUGAGUCAUCUCUGUGUCCUCAAGUGACACAUUUCUUUUCUAUGUUUUCUGUUAACUCCUGUCAGCCAUCUUAAUUUGACUCUAAGGAAAGGCUUUGUAUUUUGUCUAGUUAAUAACACUCCUCUUUCUAGUCCUGUCCGUGUGUUUCUGCACUGAAUUUGCCUUAGUUUCCACAUCUCAAGCUGUGGCCUUGCUGUUCCACACCUUGGUCUGGGAAAUAUGACUUUCCUGACAGCUUGUACCAUGAACUCCACAUUUGAAUAAGUAUUUACAUGCUAAUUGUUCUCUUUGGUGGUUUUUUUUUUACCAUAUAUCAUUGACUUGUUUGUUAUAAGAAUUGACUGUGAGUGUCAAUGUCUUAUGUUUUGAAAGCUUUGUUUUGGAUGCUUUCCACUUGACUUUAUAACACUAAUUUGUGUUUUCUUUUCUUAAAUCAUCCAAAUACAAAUCUGGCAGUGUUUAGGUAUGUUUGAUACUUAUUUUAGCUUGCAUUGAAAACAUAUCUGAUGCCAUGUAAUAAAGUAUAUUUGCUCAUAACCCUUCUACUUCUCACCCAAAUAGUGAUUCACUGAUUGAAGCUUAAGAUUGUUUUCUUAGCACAACAUGAAUUAUAUUAAACUGCUGUAACAAAUUUUUCCA